CAAGGUCAUUUUGUCAGGGUGAAAGUGACCACAAGCGUGUCAGUUUCGAUGUGAUCCACCUAUGAAAGUAUUUAAGUAGAACACUCGCUCGUGAAGAUCAUUUUGCAUUGUCUUAGCAGACACGUCGCAGUAAGUCGCCAUUAACAAAGUAUGGUGUACAAUCGACAUUGAGCCUCAAACACUGAUGCUUAUACACUUCCUCAAUUUCAACUAAACCAGCAAUCAAACUUGGUGUCACAUGCUGUCACUUGACUUAUGAGGACACACGGGACAGAUAGUUGAGUGCAGAGUCAAAUCUUCUUUUCCUAUUAAAGUUGAAGUGGUGAAAUACAGAGAACACUGGCUUCAAACAACUGUUGGUUGGAAACUGUACCCAAGUGGAACAGCAACUGCUAUUUCAGAUUGUCCUUCGUGAACUUGUUCAAAUCUUUGUUUCCUGUGUACUAUUUGAGAGGCAGACUUUUCAACGAGUGCCCAAUCUGAAAACUGGAAGGUGGCAUCGUUCGUCUGGCCAGUUGUGACCCGAUCGCGACACGGUGGCUGUCGUACAUGGACCUUGACGUUUGAUUCAGCUACAUGUACCUUGACUUUUGAUUCAGCGCUGCAUACAAGAGAGGGAGAGUUUGUUAUUUUUGCAACUGCGUUGCUGCUGAACAAACCUGCAGUUAUUCUCACCAGUCAAACUUGUCUUGCUUGAUUUUGUCGUCAUCUGGGAAUCACGCUUUUCUUCAGCCCUCCAUUCAGUGUGAGCAAACUGCUGUGUUUCUCUACCCCACAUACCGGUAUCUGUACAGUACACUGAACAAUCACAUCUACUGUUGUUGACACUGCUUAAAAUAUACAUCAGCAGGAAGACUCUGUGUCAAUCAUGUGGUUGUACCAUGAAAAUGUCACCGUCUAUGCCCAAGCUACAGCAUCCCUUGCACAGCUGGACAUUCUGGUCUGUACCUUCUUCACCUGUGUCUUCCAGAACAACAGCGACAACUGCUCCGUGGCCUAUUCCUUUCCCCAGAUGGAUCAUCCACUGAUCUGGGAUGAAACGGGACAAUCUCCCUGGGCACCGAUGAACGAAUCCUUUGAUGUACCAAGCAAUGAAAGAUACAAACUGUUCAACCACUCAUUGCAAAUCCUUGGUUUUGAGAAUCUGGCAGAGGCUGACAAGUAUGUGUAUUCCAACGCAGAGACUGUAAUGUAUGGUUUUGUCCUUCCUGUCCUCGAACUACUAGGGAUCCUAUCCAUUCUGUCUUUUUUCUUUACCCUUUGCAGAGUUCCCUCCAUGUGGAAUGUCACUAAUUUCUACUUGAGUAAUUUGGCAGUUGCAGAUUUGAUGGUCUUGAUUUCAGAGGCCACUCAUCAGCAAUGUGUGGCUUUGCCAACACAAUCUAUAUUGGAUGUAUCAUAUUUGGGGAACUCAGCCCAAGCAGUUCUUACUCUCUUAGCGUACACUGGGAGUGUGGGUGUUAUUUCAUCUAUAGCCUUUGUAACACUGCUGUCUUAUGAUAGAUAUUUUGCCAUCUGUUACCCUUUCCAACACCGUAAUCUCAAUCUGAAGCGACGGUCAAUACGAGCAGCAGUUUGCAUAUGGGUACUGUCUUUUUCCAUGAAUUUGAUUGUUUUCUUUAAUCGGUUUCUGGCCUUUAAUGUACCACCAAUCAAAUGUCUUGUUUGGCCAACUGAAGAAAAGUAUAAACAUCUAUCAGGUAAUGUGUGGGUGUAUGGGAAUAAUGAUGCAACUUUGUUGACUUUGAAUAUGGUUUUCACGUACCUGUAUUUCUGUGUAUUCUUGUUGAGUUUGAUCCUCACAGUCACUCUCAAUAUCCUCCUUAUUAAGGGACUGCAUGCAUCAAAUCCAACCGGCGAUCAGAUCCGAGGUCCGUCAAAACAUCUACGAAGAGUUACUCUGAUAAUUGGCAUCAACACAGCCGUGGUAUUUGUCUGUUUUCUGCCUCAAGCUAUAUAUUGCCUAAUUGCAAUUUUAGUGGGAAGCAGGAAAGAAGUGAAUGUAAGUGAUGAUGUGGAAUGGGGGUUGAAUCUGAUGACAGCUUGCCUCAAACUCAUGAACUCUUCCAUUAAUUCAGUCCUAUUCAAUGCAAGUAGUGGAAGGUACAGGAAGGCCUUUAAGCAAGCCUUCUGCUGCAGAAAGAGGCAGCAAGUACCAACAAACAAUAUCCCUCUGCAGACAUUACCAAGAACCAAUCCUGCUGAUCGGAUCAGAUCAUAGGAUCCAAAAGCAAAACUCCA